AUGGAAAUCGACGAUUGUCCAUUAGCCCCACAGGAAGGCCGUUUUGAUUACAGACACAGCAUCAGAGGCACUUAUUACACCUCCUUCCUCAACUCCCGUCCCCCACUCAUCACCCGCGUGUGUCGCGAAUCCCGCAGUGUGGCAUAUGAGAACGGCUCCAUCAUCACUUCGAAAAACGGACCUACUCGAAUACCCGGAUACGACAAUUCUCUUGGGAACAUGUGGUUUUGUCCGGAGACUGAUAUCGUGCACAUGAACUACAAUGCGCGGCGUGAAGUUGAAGAGGGACGCAGGUCUCCGGAUCCCAUUCCUUAUUUGAUUGAGAUGGCGGAGAGGGGGGUUGGUGCAUGUAUUACCGCUGACUUUUUGUAUCCUUUUGCAAAGGGAGGACUGUGGCCUGCCUGUUCGACUUUUGAGCAGUUGGCCAAACUGGAGGCGAGGAGGGAAUGGCUUGUCGUGUUAAAGAUGGAUAAUUUGCAUCUGAGAGAAGAGGCUGUUACAAAGAGUGGGAUUUUUGGAUUUCUUGGGGAUGAGAAGAUUGUGCUCGUGGACGCGGACGAUGAGGAGAAGCUCGAACGACUUCAUGAGCUUUGGGAGAAAGCUAGAGAAUACGAAUGUGAUCCGACGGAUUUCGAUUCAUGGCCUCCUUAUCAGGGCGGGGUUGAGCGGUGGAAGUAUAAAGUACAGUCUCACUGGAUUCGCAACUUCGCGAUUCCACAGUUCUAUAAGAAAGGAGGUGCGGGACAGCCUCAGACCUUAAAAGAUGAGAUUAGAAGAGAUCCUCGCACGUAUGCUGAGGGGGCAGAGUUUUGGGGAGACGGCUAUGAUUUAGAUGAGAUGCUGGAUGACAUGUUCUUUGAGGAGGAGCAUCCUUUUGUCAAGCGCGUCCUUGCGGAGAAGCCAAUUUUUAAACCGGUGAUUAUGCUUCGUUGUUGUGAGGAGUGUUACCGUAUUACUGAUAGCGAUGAAAUUUCCCAAGUCUCGGAGGGUACGUCGAAUCGGUCGAACGAACAUGAUACGGAAACAUCGCCCCAAGACGGAGAAGAGUCCUCUGAUGAAUCUGACUCAAGCACUGAUUCCUCAGGAUCCAGUGAUUAA